AUGAUGAAAGUGCACCUAGAAGAACGAGGGAAUACCCUGAGGAAGGGGAACCCUCAUAGGCCGCCCCAGCUGCUAGAUCACGACCUCCAGUACGAAGACGAGGAGGAUCCAGAGGUGGGGGAAGGGGAUGAGGAGGACAUCAUGUCCCUCCAUAUGCAGCCCCCGAAGACGUAUUCCCAGCUUCUCAAGGAUAUUACCAAGAGGAGGAAGAAGUCCAAAUCCAAAUGGCUAGACACCAUCACACCGGGUUGGAGACUCCGCAGGAAAGAGAAGUUGAGGUGGAUAUAUCGACCAACUAUGCUUUGGAAAGGUCACAUGAAGCGCCAUUCAACUUUCCUUCGAACUAUGAGCCAGAAGACAGGCCUCAGAGAUCAGCCAGUGUCUUCGAUAGGAUAG